AGUCGGGGGAGUCAUAUUAGACUUUAUUUCAUUUCUUCUACUCGCCGCCAUUCUCGCAUUCUCGCCUUCUCGCUCUCUCGUGGCUGGCCGUGGCGGGCGCUCGCGGCGGCGCCGCCGGUCGCUGGGCCUGCGCGGCAUGUGUCGCGGUGAACUGUGGAGUCGCGGUGGCUGCGGAUGUAUUCUUCGUCGUCUCUCUCGUGUGCUAGGGAGCGGUGGUGGAGAAUGGGAGAUGGGCCCGUCUGGUGUUUGACGAAAUGCCGGAGCGCAGCAAGGCAUGGAGAGGUUGGGGCUUCAAGCCUCUACGCGCCCAUCAUCCUGGGUAGUGGACAGCAAGCUAUGUCUGCAAGCUAUGCCUCUACAGCCGCAGGCUUGAUGGGCGUGUGGGUUGAAAGCGGCUGCCUGUCCUCGUGCGGUGCAAAUGUGAGUUGGUUCAACUGUACGGGAGUGAGGAGCAGAAAUCCUCUUAGCAGCUUCCCAUUUCUGAAGUUUUGGUUUCUGGUCUGAGAAACGUGCCCCUGCAGAAUCCAUAUCUUCAGUCACGUUCAAAUGAAGUUGGAGAAACUUUCGACAUUAACUUUCUGAUGGAAGCACUGAAGGAGCCUCAGAAACUACAGAAAGAAUGGGGUUAUAUUGGAUGCAAAUGGGAAUCCUUUGGUUUGAACACAGUGGAUAAGUCGAACGGUUUCAAUAGCCGAGAAGAUUCAAUACCCGGUUUUCGAGUUAAGGGGCUUUUAGAAAAAAAACACGAUAUUUCAGGGUGGUAAAAUGGAUUUGUCCCCCACAAAAAAGUAGCUGAACCUAACUAGGAACAAAUCAGAGACAUGGAAGGGGAAUGAAGCAUCAAUAGUGGUGAUGGUGGCGUGGUGGAGAUGAUCAGAUGAUGCAGUUAGUUAGCUGUUAAAACCGAGAGCGCCAAAGGGAUGGAAGAGAAGAGGAGGUAGGCGUCAGCCAUCAGGGCUGGCAGUGUCAACACCAUCAUCUGCCUAAGCCCACGGUUGGGCGCUGCUGGCUUACCUCACUUUACACCUACCUUGAAGGGUUUUAUCAGGCAGAGGCUCCACGGCUGCUGCCUGUGUGUCCUCUUCGCUUUGGCUUUGCAGGUAAAAUUAAGCUGGUAAUCCAGUGAUGAUGCCAUGACCUGUGCAAGGAGGAGGCCUACCAGCCUAACCUUUUUCUCACCAACUCAGCCUCUAGAAGACCUCCCCAAUUGAGUCAAGUCCCUAUAAAAAUCCACCCACCCAUUUGCUGCCCAGCAACAGCAGCAGCAGCAGCAGCAGCAACUUCCACUGAAACAACCCACCGAGGCAGCAGAAGAAAGGAAAGAAUCAAGAAAGCUUCAUCGUCUUCAUGGGGAGGUCACCGUGCUGCGAGAAGGCACACACCAACAAGGGAGCAUGGACCAAGGAGGAAGAUGACCGGCUCAUUGCCUACAUCAAGGCGCACGGCGAAGGUUGCUGGCGAUCGCUGCCCAAGGCCGCCGGCCUCCUCCGCUGUGGCAAGAGCUGCCGCCUCCGGUGGAUCAACUACCUCCGGCCUGACCUCAAGCGCGGCAACUUCACCGAGGAGGAGGAUGAGCUGAUCAUCAAGCUUCACAGCCUUUUAGGCAACAAAUGGUCUCUGAUAGCCGGGAGGUUGCCAGGAAGAACGGACAACGAGAUCAAGAACUACUGGAACACGCACAUCAGGAGGAAGCUGCUGAGCCGUGGCAUCGACCCGGUGACACACCGGCCGAUCAACGACAGCGCGUCCAACAUCACCAUAUCAUUCGAGGCGGCCGCGGCGGCGGCGAGGGACGACAAGGCCGCCGUGUUCCGGCGAGAGGACCAUCCUCAUCAGCCGAAGGCGGUGACAGUGGCACAGGAGCAGCAGGCAGCCGCCGAUUGGGGCCAUGGGAAGCCACUCAAGUGCCCUGACCUCAAUCUGGACCUCUGCAUCAGCCUCCCUUCCCAAGAAGAGCCCAUGAUGAUGAAGCCGGUGAAGAGGGAGACCGGCGUCUGCUUCAGCUGCAGCCUGGGGCUCCCCAAGAGCACAGACUGCAAGUGCAGCAGCUUCCUGGGACUCAGGACAGCCAUGCUCGACUUCAGAAGCUUGGAAAUGAAAUGAGCACCUCCUCCUCUGUAGUUUCUUCUUUCGUUUUGUCACUUGGAUAUUGGUUAGCUUUUCUUCUAGGUGAAAACACACAGAGAGAGAGAGAGAGAGAGAGAGAGAGAGAGAUAACAUCUCCUCUGCUGCUCUUGCUGCUCCAUUUUGUCUCUGUUGUAAUUACCAUAUAUUGACUAAUCAUGACAAAUAAUACUUGAUGCUAAGUAAGUACUUAAUUAGUCA